CAUCGUGGAAGAGGAAGCAGCCCAGAGAUAUCUUUGGAGAAAUGCAACAUUUUGAACGUAGCUGUUUAAAAUGAGGCCAGGUUUCGUUUUCUGGCAAGAAGGAAACUAAAGAAAACACUGGUGGAAUGGGGGAUCUUCACCAAGCUGGGUUGAAGAAGGAGCAGAACAGUGGCAACGGCAGUGGCAUUCUUGGCUAGAAGAACUAAACAGGGACAGUUUUUCCAUAGACCAGCCCUCAAAACUGUGGCCACAUGGAACUUCGGGAUUACCAGUGGGAAGUCAUUGAUCCUGCCUUGGAGGGCAAAAAUAUCAUAAUUUGGCUGCCAACGGGUGCCGGAAAGACUCGGGCAGCUGUGUAUGUGUGUAAGAGGCACUUGGAGAGCCUAGAGAAGAGCAAGGUGGCUGUGUUAGUCAACACGGUGCCUCUAGUGGACCAACACCUGAAGAAUGAGUUUAGCGUCUUGCAGAAUCGCUUCAAGAUUACAGCCAUUAGUGGCGACAGCAACCAGAAGCUGUUCUUCUCAGAAGUGGUGAAGAUGAGUGACUUAAUAAUCUGCACAGCACAGAUCCUUCAAAAUGCCCUCAUCAGCCAAGAGGAGGAGAUGCACGUGGACCUGACAGAUUUCACCUUGUUGGUGAUUGACGAGUGCCAUCACACCCACAAAGGAACCACCUACAACAAGAUAAUGGAGGGCUACCUCGAACGAAAGCUGAAGGGUGAAAAGAAUUUACCACAGAUCCUGGGGCUUACAGCCUCGCUAGGUACAGGUGGUGCCAGCUCCCUGGAGGGAGCCCGGGAACACAUUCUGCAGAUCUGUGCCAAUCUGGACACUGAGAGAAUCAUGUCUUCUGAUAAACACAAGUUCUACGUUGAUACUUAUGGCCCACAACCCAAGAAGCAGUACAACCUGUCCCAACAAAGGCCUGAGGACCCCUUUGCAGAACAACUGGUGGAGAUAAUGGCACAGAUAUAUAGUUACCUGAAUGAGUCUGACUUGACUAUGGAUUUUGGUACCCAGAUCUUCGAGCAGCAAAUUGUGGCACUUGAGAAGGAAGGAGCAAAACGCUUUUGCCAAAAGACCCGAGUGUGUGCCUUGCACCUACGUAAAUACAACGAUGCCCUGAUGGUCAACGACACUGUGCGCAUGAUCGAUGCCUACAAAAUUCUGGAUGAGUUUUACCUGCAGGAAAAUGCUACUAAGAUGUUGCAGAACCCUGCUGAGCAGUACUUGGUCCGGCUCUUUGACAGGUACAAAGCACAUCUCUUGGCCAUUGCUCAAGACAAGGACUUUGAGAAUCCCAAACUUGAUGAGCUGCAGAAGGUCCUCCAGAAUCAAUUCCAAGAACUGGGGAGCUCACGGGGCAUUGUGUUCACCCGGACACGUCAGUGCGCUCAUUGCCUUCACCAAUGGGUACAGGAGAACCAGGACUUACGUGAACUUGGGAUCAAGGCUGCUGUGUUGACCGGGGCUGGCUUCAGCAGUCAGACAAAACACAUGACCCAGCAACAGCAGAAAGAAGUCAUCUAUCAGUUCCGCAAAGGGACCCUCAAUCUGCUCUUCUCCACCAGCGUGGCUGAAGAAGGGCUGGACAUCCCUGAGUGUAAUAUCGUCGUUCGCUAUGGACUGAUGACGAACGAAAUUGCCAUGAUGCAGGCCAGGGGACGUGCCCGUGCCCCGGACAGCACCUGCUGUGUUUUGGCCAAGGCCAACAGCAAGGAAGUCUUCCGUGAGAAGCUCAAUGAGGCCCUGGAGGUCCUGAUGGAGAGAGCGAUUGUGUGGGUGCAGCAGCUGCAGCUGCAACAGCCUCAACGGGAAUACCGCCUAAAGAUUGAAAAGCUUCAGCGUGACACUGUUGUCGGCCGCAGGGUGCGGGAUGCUGAACGCGAGCAACAACGCCGCCUGCACGAUCCAGACUCCGUGCUCCUCUACUGCAUCAACUGCAAUGUGGCAGUCUGCCAUGCCAGCGACCUGCGCCUAAUAGAGAAUAUGCACCACAUAAACAUCAACCCCAACUUCAGUCCAUACUACAGAGCAUCACAAGGCCAUGUGAAGAUUUCUCGUGAGUUUAGGGACUGGAAGCCAGGCAGCUCCAUCAGCUGCAGUAAUUGUGGGCAGGAAUGGGGCAUGGAAAUGAUCUACCGGGAAGUCAAACUUCCCAUGCUUGCCAUCAAGCACUUUGUGGUGGAAACUCCAGAUGGGCGAAGGACCUUCAAGCAGUGGAGCAAAGUUACCUUUGACAUCAAAGACUUUGACUAUUUUGAAUACUGUACUACCAAUGCCUUGCUGGACAGCUAAGACAAUCAGGAAAAGUGA